GGCCCUAUAUCCGUCGUCCGCCCGCGCUCGGUUUUGCUAUGUUCGUGAUGUUGUCCCGGUCCGCUUGUGUGUCCCGGGCUUUCAGCCGUUCCCUCUCCGCUUUCCAGAAGGGGAACUGCCCUCUAGGGAGACGUUCCCUGCCUGGGGUCUCCUUAUGUCAGGGACCAGGUUACCCUGACAGCAGGAAGAUUGUCAUUAACAACAGCAGUAUCUUCAGUAUUCGCUUCUUCAGAACUACAGCUGUAUGUAGGGAUGAUGUGAUCACCGUCAAAACCCCAGCAUUUGCAGAAUCUGUCACAGAGGGAGAUGUCAGGUGGGAGAAAGCUGUUGGAGACUCUGUUGCAGAAGAUGAAGUGGUUUGUGAAAUUGAAACUGACAAGACAUCUGUGCAGGUUCCAUCACCAGCAAAUGGUGUGAUUGAAGCUCUUUUGGUACCUGAUGGGGGAAAAGUAGAAGGAGGCACUCCUCUUUUCACACUCAGGAAAACUGGCGCUGCUCCUGGUAAGGCCAAGCCAGAUGAAGCUCCUGCUGCCACAGCCCCGAAGGAAGAGCCUAUGGCUUCGGCAGUUCCUCCUCCUCCUUCAGCACCCAUACCCACUCAGAUGCCACCAGUGCCCUCGCCCUCACAACCUCUUGUUAGCAAACCGGUGUCUGCUGUAAAACCCAUUGCUGCUCCUCCAGUGACUGAGCCAGGAGUUGGCAAAGGUCUGCGUUUAGAACAUCGGGAGAAAAUGAACAGGAUGCGGCAACGCAUUGCCCAGCGUCUGAAGGAGGCCCAGAACACAUGUGCAAUGCUGACUACUUUCAAUGAGAUUGAUAUGAGUAAUAUCCAGGAGAUGAGGGCUCGGCACAAAGAUGCUUUUCUGAAGAAACAUAACCUCAAACUAGGCUUCAUGUCAGCAUUUGUGAAGGCUUCAGCCUUUGCCUUGCAGGAGCAGCCUGUUGUAAAUGCAGUGAUUGACGAUGCAACCAAAGAGGUGGUGUAUAGAGAUUAUAUUGACAUCAGUGUUGCAGUGGCCACCCCAAGGGGUCUGGUGGUUCCUGUCAUCAGGAAUGUGGAAACUAUGAAUUAUGCAGAUAUUGAGCGAAGCAUCAGUGAACUGGGAGAAAAGGCCCGAAAGAAUGAACUUGCCAUUGAAGAUAUGGAUGGUGGCACUUUCACCAUUAGCAAUGGAGGAGUUUUUGGCUCACUCCUUGGAACACCGAUUAUCAACCCCCCUCAGUCUGCCAUCUUGGGCAUGCACGGCAUCUUUGAUAGACCAGUGGCUGUGGGAGGCAAGGUGGAGGUGCGGCCCAUGAUGUAUGUGGCACUGACCUACGAUCACCGGCUAAUUGAUGGUAGAGAGGCAGUGACUUUCCUUCGCAAAAUCAAGGCAGCAGUAGAGGAUCCCAGAGUCCUCCUUCUGGACCUUUAGGAAGAAACCACACGUCCUACUACUCAACCAUGCAGGAACUGAAAACGAGUCUUCUCCCUGUUUCCUCAUGGGUCCUGGGCCAGCCUGAUGGCGGGCAGGAACAUGCUGUUGUCCUCAAGCAAGGAAGCCAGGGCACUAUGUAACCAGCAGCUGCAGGUCUUUUCUUGGUGUUCUGCCAGGCUCUCUCCCUCUCUGUACCCUUCUCUUAUACUCGAAUACCUUAUUUCCUCAGACUUGAGAGAGAGAGAAAGUCUUAAUGGAUGCUCAUUACUAUUCCUACCUUUCUUCCAUCAACCCUCCACAGAGAUGAUUUUGCUUCUCCCCAGUGCCAGUAUACAGUAGGGAAACCACCGGGGACCAUGUGGUUCUUAAGUUUCUAUCUUUUGUCCACUCUCCAGACACAUCUAAAUGGAUGCUGUGCCUCCCAUGCUCAGAACAGCCUCUAUCCUGGCUGUGCACAUUCUUUACAGGAUUCCACCUGUGUGGAGGUAUUGAACACAGGGGUGGAGGUGCUGCUUUGCUUCUUAAAUGGCACCUUCAUUCCCUGCUUCAUUGACUUGGAGAUGCCUCUUCUACCUCUUCCAGGAAGCACAGGCCAGGGGAUCUGGAGGAGUGUGGAUGGGGGAGGAGAGGGCAGAUUCUUUCUGAGGUGGUAAAUUGUAAACAUAGAUUGGGGCAGAACCCAGACCUGCGUGUACACUGUCUGUCCUAGCCUCACAUCAGGAAGACCCAUUUUCCAAACCCUUUCCAGGCUACUAGAAACCAUUCUUGUACAUUGUUCUCAUUUAGAGCACAGUGGUAGGGGGACAGAGCAUGGUCACAACAAGAGCUGGGCCUGAUAGAGACUGGGGGUGGGAAAAGGGGACAGGUUUCCUGUGGACUGGCUCAGCUUGAUUUGAGCUUUUAAAUUGAAGUUGGUAUAAGCAUGUGGACUUAAGAAGCAGUUCUGUUCCUGCCUGCAUAUGGCCUAUGAGAAGCAGGGCCUUAGCGACUCUUCUUCUGCAGGACACAGAUCUGGGGGAGGAAGGACUGUGGUGGAAACCAGCCCCAAGAUGCUGGUACACAGUGCUGAAGUGGCUGAUAUCAUCUCUAAGGUACUGCCCAUUGGGUCUGGGCACAAUCAUUGGAAUUCCUUGGAACACAGUUAAAUGCACGGAUCUUGUCAGGAAAAACUAUUGGAUUUCAUUGCCUUGUAUCCAACUGCAUCCAGGCCUGUGGCUGCUGACACUUGAAGCCAAGGGGCCGUUUAUUUAAUGCAGAGUGCCCACUUAUAUCUUGAGCUAAGAAGCAGGGCCUGGGGAUGGGGGGAGGAGGGAAGAAGAUGGGAGCCAAUACUGAGUGCCUGCAGCAUCUACUACUCUGUCUUCACUAUUCAGAACUUGUAACUAAAAUAUUUAAAGAAACUGAUUUUAAAUGAAAAUUAAAGGGCAAAUAUUCUCAAA